AUGGUGAUUCAGGCCCGAUACAUAUAUACGAAACGGGGCAGAAAAAAUCCUAACCUCGCCAAAGGGAAUGGCCUCAAGCUAUUAAAUUUUAAUCAACAUCUAUCUAUCUAUCUAUCUAUCUAUCUAUCACAUUCUACUCAUAUCUAUCUAACUAGCUAUCUCGUCUAUUAUCUAUCUAUCUAUCCGUCUAUCUAUCUAGCCAUCUAUCCCAAUAUCUAUCUAUCUAUCUAUCUAUCUAUCUAUCUAUCUAUCUAUCCCAAUAUGUUUAUAUCUAUCUAUCUAUCUAUCUAUCUAUCUAUCUAUCUAUCUAUCUAUCUAUCUAUCUCUUUUUUUCCACUUCCCUCUUUCCACCUCUCUCUUUCCACCUCUCUCCAUUUGCACUUCUCUCUCUCUCUCUUCCCACCGCUCUCUUUCCACCUCUUUCUCUCUUUCCGCUUCUCUCUUUCCACCCCUCACUUUUCCACUUCUCUCUUUUUACCUUUCUCUUUCCAUCGCUCUCGUUCCACCUCUUUCUCUCUUUUCCCUUCUCUCUUUCCACUUCUCUCUUUCCACCUCUCUCUUUCCACCGCUCUCUUUCCACCUCUCUCUCUUGCCACCUCUCUCUCUUUCCACCUCUCUCUCUUUCCACUUCUCUGA